AUGUCUGCACAGUCGCGGUCACAGAUAAUCCAAUCUAGACCGAUAGGUCCAGGGCUCGACAGCUUUCGCAACACUUUCAGUUCAGUUUGCGAAGAUGGAGGCAUUCUUAUUUCUGCCCAGAAUCUCUUAGUCGCUCUUAUAUCCGCUUUACAAACUUCUCCAGCUUCUCGUCUUCUGCCAUCAAGCUAUGGCGGCAAGAACCUCCUUGAUGACUUGUCGAAACUCAUGACAGCAGUCAACGCCGACGACUUUGAUGCCGAACAAUUGAUCCCCCUUCUUCAAGCCGUUUUUCGCAAAGAGCCCGACGAAAUUAUCUGGAACAAGGUCUACGCCGCUGUUGCCGCGUCCACUCUGCCUCCCCGCCCCGCGUCGUCGGUCCAACCAACACCAUGGCUGCGCAGCACAGGCAGCUUCGCAAACUCGACCGAGCACCGCAAGUACGUCGACAACGUGCUUAAGGAGGAGCUGGGGCAUAUGUACGUUGGCGUACCUGGUUUCUUCGACGCCUUCUUUGGGGAGGUCGCAGAUCUUGGACCGGCAGCACAGGCCGUGUUCGACAAGUGCAAAGAGGGAGACACAUCGCUCUACCAGGAGGAGGGUGGUUGGCAGGGCUGGCCUGAAGGGGCAAGGGAGGGGGAGCUGUUAAGCUGGUUCGAAGCGCUUACAGAGCAGCUCUCGGUCUUCGCAGAAGAGCAUCGGCCGGGGCCCAGAGUUCGACGCAGAACCGUAGCACGACCCUACCAGCCCUUGCAGGGUUCCACGGCCGAUCGCAAGCUGGACAUUGGCUUUGUAGACGGCGAGAGCGCUGGCGUCAACUCCCAACAUCACUGGUCACGCAUCCUUGUGCCGGGAGAACUCAAGAGCAACGCGUUGGCUGACAAAGCGUCUAAGGCGUGGCUCGACUUGGGUCGGUAUGCGAAGGAGGUGCUUGCCGCUCAAGAUAGCCGCCGCUUUGUUCUUGGCUUCACGCUCUGCGGAUCACUCAUGCGACUGUGGAGCUUCGAUCGACUGGGGGCCAUCGCGUCCGAGCAGUUCGACAUCAACGAAGACGGGCUGCAGUUCGUGUCUGCAGUGCUGGGGUUUCUCUGGAUGAGCGAGGAGCAGCUGGGCUUUGAUCCGACCAUCAUCACGGCCGGAGACAAGCGGUACAUCGAGAUCGAGCGGGACGAUGGCAAAGAGCGCCUCGUCAUCGACAAGGUGAUAAAGCGAGUGGCUUGCGUCGCCGGUCGAGCAACGACUUGCUGGAGAGUGCAUCGGGAAGACGAGCCCAACGCCCCGCUCGUAGUCAAAGACUCCUGGCAGUACCCGGAGCGCGAAGAAGAGGGCGAGCUGCUACGCGAAGCAACCGAGAAGGAUGUGGUGAACGUUGCGAGGUACUUCCACCACGAGACGGUCCGUGUUGGUGGCCAAGACGACGACAUCCGCACGAAUGUACGCAGAGGCCUGGACAUAACAAAAGCGGAGAACUACGCGCCAAGGAAGCAGAUACCGCCACCGAGCACGACUGGGCGGCGGGCUUCACGAAGAGACGGAAGCAGCAGUCUCGCUGGGCGGAAGCGAUCCUCGAGCUGUACGGACGCACCACUGCCACCUAGCAAGCGCGCUUACUCGGGCUCUCCGACGAAACCGGCCAUUGCGAACCGCGUCCAUCGCCGCGUCAUCGUGCGUGACUACGGGAAGCCCAUCUACAAAGCAAGCUCCCGGACCAGCCUACUUGCCGCACUGGAGGGCUGCAUCGAGGGUUACGAGUCCCUACACACGCAGGCGGGCAUGCUUCAACGCGACAUCUCACCGAACAACCUGCUGGUGAAUGAAGACGAGGACAACUCGUCGUGGUCCGCCUUUCUGAUCGACCUCGACCUUGCAAUCAAGGAGCAGCGCAAGCAAGCUUCAGGAGCGUGUGGGAAGACCGGCACGCGAGCUUUCAUGGCCAUUGGAGUGCUUUUAGAUGACGAACAGCACUCGUUCAUGCACGAUCUUGAGUCAUUCUUCUGGGUGCUCUUCUGGAUCUGCAUUCACUAUGAUGGGCCGGACAAAGAUAUCGGACCCACUGAGUUUGAGUGUUGGAAUUACGAGAGCGAUAAGAAGUUGGCAGGUUCUAAGAAGGGUGUGGUUGAUGACGAGAGGGAUUUUCUCAAAACCGCACGGACGAACUUUACGCCAUACUACCAACCAUUGAUCCAUUGUGUCAACAGGCUUCGAAGAAAAGUAUUUCGCAACGGCGAGAGAUGGAGGGAUCCUAGCCCGCAGCUGUACCUUGAUAUGAAGGGGAUCCUCCGCGCAGCCCAGAAUGAGCUAGAAGAACCAGAAGGAUGA